UUUUUUUUUUGCUUGGAAAUUUAUGUUUUCUAUUUGUUCUCCAAAGAAAGAAAACUUUUAUGAGAAGGUAACUGUUUUGCAUAUGAAAGUUGUAAUAUAUCUGAGCUAUUUCAGAUGUUGACUUAUCUUGGGGAAUAACCAAAAAUUAUGUUCUGAGUUGCUAGGAUAGCUCUAUUUAAAUUUGUAGUGAAAAACUUAAAGUACAAAUACUUCUUCAGCAUGUAGUUUUAAAUUUCAAUUUUAUACGUUGGUAAGUAGUUGUCUUUAUUCGCAGAAGAAUGCUGAAAUAUAUAUUUCUCCAGGUACACCUACAGCAGCAAGCUGGCAAACCACAGAAUAAUUAUAUCAAAGCCAACUGAAAUUAUCUUUAAGAGAAUGCCCUCAAAAAUUACUGGCUACUCUGUGUAAUAAAUGCCUUUGUGCAGUCUCAGGAUGACACCUAAGCCUCGGUUAAUAAAUGUAAUCUGAUUAAUCCUCUUAAUGCAAAGUAUUUGCACUGCCAGCCUGUGACAAAAGUGCACUGGUCUGUGGAGACUUGCAGGUUGUUGUGUUAGGCUUUUAGUAAAUAAAAUAUGUUACACAGCAAAGUAUGGGCCAAAAAAACUUAAUGGAAAAUGAGUCUGGUCAGUCAGUCUCUACUAAUACCAUUUUCAGCUGUGUAUUCCGUCUUUUAUUCCCAGGGUGAUGCCAUCCUGUUGGAGGGCACUGUUGUGCUAAUUAGUCACCACAUGUCCAGGGUAAUCAGUGUCUCACUACGUGGCAACUGCUACUUCAACAUGCUUUCUUCCAUCAUAUUUACAAGAAGGCAUAACUAUCUUUAAAGUUCAAUUUUUGACAUUUAACAAUGGAAACUCCUGUCUGACAUAAACCUGGUUUCACUGCACAGUCUGCCUGAAAUUACAGCAUUGCCUUAAUUUUCCAGGAUUCUCACACAACAGCAGCAUUAAGGGAGUGUAAUAAGUAUCAGGUAAUCCAUGUUAAGUGCACUUUGCAUAAAAUUAUAUAAAUAUAACAUAGUAGAAGCUUAGGUGUUAACUUUUAGACAAGUUAUGGUAGGCUCAGCUUUUUACUUGAAAUCCUUCUAAGUGUAUUUAGCUGAGCUUUUCUGUUUGUCUCCGUGACAAUAUAUAAGGAAAUCUUAGUUUGACUGCCUUAUUGCUUCUAAGUGGAAGGAUAAGCUGCUAAAUCUCUCAUUUGAGUACUCACAUCUUUGAAUCUUGCCAAUCUUUAAACUGGACAGCUUUCUUUAAUAAUCAUUAAACUAAAGGAUAUUUCUCUAAGGCUUAGGGUAGCUGAGCUAAUAACUUCUCUAUAUUAAUAGCCACAAAAUGAAAGCCAGUUCAAAUACAUGAUGACAAGUGGCUAACACUGUGUGGACUUUAAGGUGUUAAGCUGUCUCUGGAACUGCUUAGUAAGAAAUUACAUAGUAUGAAUCUUAGCUUUGCUAACAGUUUUGUCCAGGCAGUAUUUCCAGUUACUUCACAUCAGAUGCCUGGACACCCUGAUCAGUAUCAAGAAAAUGUUACAUGUCCACCCAUCCAUGUACCUCCAACCCACAAAUGGUGAACUGAAUUAUUUGGUCCUGGGUUGUUUUCUUUUUGUUGUUUUUUUUUUACUCAUCUGUCAAUAAGAUCAGGGUUGCUAUUGUUACUUUUAAUGCUGUUUCAGUAAAAUGUUAACCCGGUGCAUUUCCUCAGCAUGGACAGUUCAGCAGUGACAUGGACGUGCAGUACGUUUUUGGAGAGCAGAAUGACAGCUAGCAUAGCAUAUGAUUCCUCUGCCUGUUCCUCUUCAGUCCUGCAUCAAAGAACAAAACUUGUCUGGAGAUGAAGAAGUAGAUGAUGAUGAAGAAGAAGAAGAAACAGAAGAAGAAGAGGAAGAAGAACAAGAACAGGAACAGGGACAGGAAGAAAAAGUAGAAGUAAAAGGAAAAGAAGAAACAGAAGGAGAUGAAGCAGGAGAAAGAGCAGAGAAAGAAGAGGAAAAAGAGGAAAAAAUUGAAAAUGAAAAGGAUCGUAAACCACCUGAGGGAGAGACAAGCAGUAGUAGUAGCACUUUGGGAACUGGAGAGACAGAGGAGACCACUCAGAAAGAGACCAUCGUUCAGCAGGAGAAGGAAAGCACUGACAAUCACACUGUGAACAAUUCUUCAGAGAACACUGAUGACCAAAAAAAUGGAAGAAUCGUGGGGAGACUAAAGUUUUCCCUGUUUAGGCAAAAGUCACUGACAAGCCAGAAGAAUGAAUGUAGCAGAAAGGAAGGCAGCCCCGAAAAGCCAUUGCAGAGUGAAGAAAAAGAAAAGGAAGAUUUAUCUGGUGAAGACAGUAAGGAUGAAAAUCAGAAUCAUACACUGGAGAAUUCCAGUGAAACUGUGACUAACCAGAACAGAAGGAUGAAAGUUAAUACAUGUAUAUUGCUGUAACACUCUUAUAAUAUAUGAGAAUGUGACAGUCUUAAAGCACAUAGAACAAUUUUUACUUGAAAGCAUUUCAAGUUAUGACUCGAGAUAUUGAUGGCUGCUCUUUUUAUUGAUUUGAUUGCUGUGAUUUUAAAUAGACAGAUGAUUUUCUUGGUAUUUAUUGGUAAUUUUAAUAGUUAAAAAUUAUAUGCUUAUCAGCACCUUGCUGGAGUUCUGUGGCCUUACCUGUUGAUGUUCUAAAGCAAAAUAUGGGGGGAGUUAUGUGAAAAGUUGGAUACAGGCAUUUGAUGGGUUUUUGCUAAAUAAUUUUAUUCUGUUUCUGUCUACAGAGUACCACUUCCAGCAUGAUACUCUUGCAAAAUUGUAAUAUUUGAUGUUGUAAGAUAUUAUUUGGUUUGACAGCCUAGUUAAGAAUAUUGAAGGUACUCACUUACUUAGAAAUAUACAUGUUUCUUUCUGUUUUGACACAGAAAAAAUAGCAGUGAAACUUUCAAGUUAACUUGUAGGCCAUUAUGGAAGAAGUUCCUUGAGUGUGUGCCUAAUUUCACACAUGGCAGCAGUCCCAGUGGAAACAGUGUAAGUAUGGAAGUAUCCUGCCAAACUGGGACAGGGAGAAAGCUUUUAUUUCUGAGAGGUGCUGAAAACCUUUGCUCCUGCUGAAAUUGGCAUAAGCUGAUGGAUCUCUCUCCUCACUGAAUCAGGCCCAGUGAAAACUCUUGUUUCACUUGGAUUCUAAUCAUCUGAACAUCCACACCGUAAGGAGUCUGCAGUGAAGCUUUUCUUACAGGAAAAUAAUGCAACCAGAGGUACUUUGGCACCAGUAUGACAAACUGAUCAUUAUGGGGUAAAUAUUCAUGUUUUUCUCAGGCAGAUUGGCAUUUCUUCACAUGGACACUUAGCAAGAGGAGCCCAAAAAUCAGUAAAAACCGCUUAACACCACUGUAGCAUUAAGAAGCAGGAAUUCUUUAUUCAGCCAGAUGCUCAAGGGGAUAUCGCCUCCAAAAUAUUGUGCAGGCUGAGUACAGAAAAAGCUCCUGUUUAUACACUUUAUUUUACAUACAUAGUCAUUGACUUUCCCAGAAUAAACAUACACAUGGUAAAUAAUUUCCCUGAAAUCAUUAAUAUAUUUUCCUUCCCCUUUAUAUGUGCUCUUCUGCCCUGGAGUCUCUUUGCUGGUCCCUGGUGGUUGGUGACCCCAGAGUCAUCCCUGACCAUGCAGUGAACUGGUAAAAGGUGGAACAACUGGGCUACUUGCUUUCCAGUUCUUCCUUCAUUUUUUCCAAGUUUUAGAAUUGCUUAAAUUUUAUAUAAUAGGUCAGAAGUGUCCAGAGUUGAUUUCAUCCUAGGAGUUGGUUCACCUGAAUGCUUUGUCCUUGUAAGCAUGGCAGGUGCCCAGAUUCUUUCAUGGGACCUCCUCUGUGCUACCAUAAUCAUCCUACUAAAAACCUGGAUGCUUUCUUUGGGCUACUCCUGGGUUCUGCACUGAACCUUACAUGAAGGGGUUUUCUCCUCCAUUAUAUUCACAUAUUUCCUUAUUUUUCUGAAUGCACGUGUAGUUUCUCUUCUACUUGGAUGCUGUUGAGAAGAGUGAAAGGAAAAAGGAAAAAUAAAGUAAAUGGUGCCCUCAUUAAUUUAAAUAAGCUUUAAUUUUUUUUUUUUGAAGGCGAGAUCAGUCACAGAAAUUUUUACUGUAAGGACAAUUUCUUUUUUUAAAGGUUAAAUUUAGUGAGAAAUAUUGCUUUAAAAUGGGAAUUACCCUCAGAUCUAACACUACAGAGGUUUACAUAAUGGACUGUAAACUGCUCUAUGUCUGAGCUGUUUCAGGGACUGGUACAUUUGUCUUGUCCACACACCUUGUUUAACGAGAAGCGGGAACAUAUUAACCCAUUCCAAUGUCUUUUUUACAUGUCUUCAUUUUUAAUAAAAAAG